AAACCGAAGGACAGAUUGCUCAAUUCCAACAAAUUUGUAAAAUUUGUACAUUUCAUAUAUUUUAAAUUUUCUAAGGUACUAUUGGUUUAAGAGAUUGUAAUUUGUUUCAACGGUUAAGAGAAUAUAAUAAUCGUCUAUCUAAACAAUAACAACACGUCUUAAAGGGCCCUCAGAAAAAAAAAUAGUUCAAUAAUUUUUCUGGCGGAAAAAGAAAUAUUACUCGAACAAUCGUCAAUUUUGAAACGUUACAAUUUAGUUUAACGACUAUCGUCAAGUUGGCAGGACCAAAUCAAAGCGAAUCAAAAGUUUAAAGUAACACCCCCUGAUAUUAUCAUUCGUUAAUUUUGAGGAGUUUUCAUACUUUUACAUUCUCCAAUUGUUCACUACUAAAGUUGAUUUCUACUUAAAUCAAUAAUUUAUUGUCUUAAAGUUUAUUCCAAUUUGGAAGAUUGUUGAAUUUCUUAAUGUCUGGUUCCCCAAGUUCUUCUCCUGAAACUUCUGUAUCUAUGGUAUCAGCUGUCUCAGAUUUGAAUACUCAUACUUCUGUUACAAUAUCAACCACAAAAGAUAUCAUUCCUUCUAAUUCACCAACAUUUGAUAAUUUUGGUGGGUUUAAUCAAGAAGAUAAUAAUAAAGAAACAAAUAUCGAAGAAGAAGAAGAAGAAGAAGAUAAUAAUAUGGAUAGAGUAAGACAUAUUCUGAGGCACCUCAAACAUUCCUCAAACACAUCUAGUGUCACUAUUCCAAGAUCAAGUCAAACUUCAUCAACUUCAAGAUCUAACUCAGUUCCUCCUCCUUCUACUACUACUAGUGCUACUACUGCUACUACUGUUUCACCUAUUCGUAAUAAUAAUCAAACCAGUCACAUAAAUAAUCAAUCUCAUACUCAAUCAAGUCCUACUCAUACUACUUCAACUGGAAAUUUGACUCCUCCAACCACUCCAACUCAUUCUAUUCAUUCUAUUCACUCUAAAGAAGUUAAAGUUUCUCCACAUAAUGAUGAAGAUGAUUAUAGAUUGAUUGCCAAAAAGUUAUUCAAUGAAACUUUUAUAUCUAUUCAACCAGAAGAAUAUACUCAAUUCUUAGCAGGAACUGAUGAUGAUAGUGAAAAAAUUAGAGAUUAUUAUAUGGAUUUAUUCCAUUGGAAUAUAAAUAUCCUUUCAUCUAUUCGUACUUUAUGUGCAAAAUUAUAUUUAAAGGGUGAAUCUCAAGAAUUAGAUAGAAUUUUAACCUCAUUCACUAAAUCUUAUUUAAAGCAAUUCCCUAAUAAUAAUUUUUAUACUUCAAAUUUCGAACAAAUUUAUAUUGUCAUUUAUUCAAUCAUUUUAUUAAAUACUUCAUUACAUAACAAUUUAGAUUUAAAGAAAAUUAGUCAAACUGAUUUUAUUAAAAAUACUUUAACAACUUUUAUACAACAAGAUAAUUCUAUGAAAUUAUCAAUUAAACAAAGAAUUGUCAUUGAACAAGAAUUAUCCAAGAUUUAUGAUGAUUUAUUAAAGAAUGAAUUACAUUUAAAAGUUGCUGAAGAUAAUAAUAAUGCUGAUAAGACCAAUUCAGAUGCUGGAUCCAUCUGGUCAACUGAUACUAAUAAUGCAAAUAAUCAACAUUCUACUAUUUUAUCUACUGCUGAAAAGAGAAUUUCAAUGGUUUCUAAAAGAUUAUCAUCAAUUUCUGGUCCAUCACAAACCAAUUCAAUUUUUGGAGCUAAUUUAAGUAAUUUAACUGUUAAUACUGCUAAAACUGUAACUCCAACUGUUGCUUCUGCUGCUACUAAUGUUACAAAUAAUACUGUUGCAAGAGGUGGUUUUAGAUCAGCUCUUAUGACUGAUCAAGCCAUGAAAGGUUUAAGAACUCGUGCAUCUUAUGACCAUUUAAGAACAAUGCAUAGUGGUCAACAACAUGGUUUAUAUAGAAAAUCUUCAAGAUCUUCAAUAAUAAGUCGUGAAUCAAAUGGUUCAGGUUAUGGAAUUGAUGGUGAUGAUAGUAUUUCAAUGAUUUCAGUUGAAACUAAAUUAAAACAAAUUUUGAAUGGUACAAACCCUAAUGAAUAUGGUGGAUUUGAUCCUGAUGAUACUCAGUCUAUUACUGGACUUGCUAUUGAGAAUUUUGAUAUUGAAAAUUAUCAAGAUCAAUAUGAUUUAACUUUAGAAUUACAAGGUUCACCAUAUUUAAAGGAAGGUUUAUUGAAAUUAAAGGUUUUAAAUAAUGAUCAACAAGAAGAAAUUCCAUCUCCUGUUAUACAACCAUCUAAUGCUUCAAUAACUUCCAUGUCUUCAGGUAGAAGCUUUUUAUCAUUCUUUGGUGGAAGUAGAGCCAAAAAGCAAGCACCUCCUCCUCAACCUUCCACAUCUUCAUCCAAUUCUUUAAGUCUUUUACCUACAGGUAAUAGAUUUGCCGAAAACUUUGUUGUGGUUUCUAAAGGUCAAUUGUCAUUAUACUCAUUUGAUCCUAAGAUUGUUAAAAAGCAUCAACAAAUUUUAAAGAAGAUUAAACAUAGACAACAAUCACGUUCAUUCCUUGGAAUCGAAGAAAAUUCUAAUGAAAUUGAAAGUGCAGUUGGUGAUGGUAAUUGGUUAAAGAAUGCUGCUAAUAUUGGUAACUUUAAUUUAUGUUCUACUAUUGCUAGAAUGGAAAAACCAACUGUUACUCAUAGUCAUUCUAAUCCAAAUGGUAAAACCUAUGUUUGGUCAUUAAAUUUCCCACGUUUUUCAAAUAAGAAAUUACCAAAGAAAUUCUUAUUUGAAGCUGGUACUAAAGAAAUUGCUCUUGAAUAUGUUAAUACUUGUAAUUUUUGGGCUUCUAAAAUUACUGCUAUUCCAACAUUAGAAGAAAGUGUAUCAUCUAUUGAAUAUGGUUGGACUAAUCUUGAUUUAUUAAUUCAACAACGUCUUCAAUUUAAAAAGAUGAAACAUAUUAUGAAAUAUGAAUCUGUACCUCGUGGAGUCUAUCUUAGUAAUGCAUCCAAUAAUAAUUAUGGAUUAAUGAAACAAUUCAUUAAAACCUUAAAAUAUUAUAAUCAUUUAAAGAAUUUAUAUCAAGAUUUCCUUAAGAUGAAAACAAGAUUUUUAAAGUGUGUACCUGUUAAACAAUUCAAUUGUUCAAAUCAUUCAAAGAUUGUUCAUAAUUAUGAUUUAAAAAUUGAAGAUUAUAAAGAUGAAUUAAACAAGUAUAAAAAUUAUUUGAUCUUAUUAGGAUUUGGAUUGCAAUUAAGAUUUGAUUUGGAAGAUGAAGAAAAGGAAAAUGAAAGAAAAGAGAAGGAAAGUGUAGAAGCUAGUACAAAUAUAGAUAAUAAAGAGAUUGAACGCACAAAAUCUAAACCUGAAGAAGAAGAUGAUGAAUUAACUACUAUGGUUAAAUUUGAAAUUAAGAAAUUAUUCUUUAAUAUGAGAGAUAUUGCCAAUAUAAUUCCAACUUUUGAAAAUAGUAAGACUAUUGCAUCAUUAACAUUACUUGAUCGUGAACAAUUCCUUAAUAGUACUUUAGUUAAAUCACCAAAGAAUUAUACUUUAUCUCAUUUUAAAGAUAAUGAAAGUCCAAUUCAACAAUUAUUACAUUCUUCAAAUAAUGGACAUCAUAAUAAAGAAGAAUUAUCAACUAGUUAUAGUACUAAUACUAUUAAAGAAGAAGAUGAAGAAGAAGAUAUUGAUGUUAAUGAUGCAUUAUUUCAUAUGGAAAAAAAUGAUUCAGAGACUAAAGUUGAAACUCCAAACUUUUCUAAUGAUUCAUUUCAAAUUAUUAAAGAAAAGCCAACUAGAAUUAGAGUCCAUGAAGUUUCCAAUGGUGUCCUUUUGGUUUAGAUUCCUUGUAUUUAGAUUUGCUAUUAUUAUAUUUGCAAUAGCUAUAUAUUUUUAUUUCUACUAUUAUUAUUUUUAAUGUUGUGUUUUCUAGUUUAUUCUAGUAUUAGUAUUUUUGUUAAUGUAUCUAUCUUAAUAUUGUAUAAACCAUUUGUAAAAUUAAUUAUGUUUAAGAAAACGUUAGUUUUACUAUGUAAAUAAGGAUAAGGAUAAGGAUAAGGAUAACUUUAUUUAGAUAUUAAAUGCAGG